AUGUCGGAUUCUGAAUCCUCUGGCGGAGCUGAUACUCCUUCCGCCACCUCAACACUGGCUGAUAGCACUGAUCGUCCUUACCGCAAUACCGAUCUCAAUGCUCGACUCGAGGUGACAUACGAUGUCAGGCCAUCUCUGCGCGACAGACGCAGGGUAGUAGACAUAACUGACCGCCAAGCUCAUCUGACUCCUGAUGUGAUUCGUGACGGAGGAGACGAAGAAUGGUUACGUUACUACUGGACCACGAUCAGCUUGGUAGUCCCGGGCGAAAGAACACUCGUCGAUCCCAGGCAAACUUUGCAACCUGACGGGGUCUUCCACACGGUCACCGAAAAUUGGUCAUGCGCGAACUUCAAUGCCGCGCUCUUCAUCGAUGCUUUCUUCGAUCCAAGACAUGCCAUGCCGGAGUAUAUGAUCAACAAUCGACAGUUUCAGCGCUGGCUGUAUCAAUGGAGACGUGCAGCUAUGCAAGCGACCCACACAGCAGACGAGACUGCCUUGCACUCCAUACCCACCAGACACGAACUUGCUGCCUACAGAAACUUGCGUGAACGCCACAACUUCAAUCACGAAGUUCGAUUCUUCUCAGAGACGCAAGUCACCUAUGAGAUCCUCAUAAUGUGGGACUUCAACUCCACCGCGCCAGAAGGCGAGAUUACGCUGCCCAGAGUUUCGGUCCAUAAUAUCCGUUUCCUUUUCGACGUCUUUGACGCCUUCCCUCGCGAAUUGACCAAUCUUUUGGUGACCAAAUUCGUCUUCAAAGAUGUCCGAGCUGGUCGCUACACGCAUGAUGCCAGCUCCAAACGCUACUUUGACAAUGAUAGCAGGCUUGGUCGCGCAUGGAAACUGAUUAUCAGGGAUACCCUCAGACAGGUGAGAACACUGCGCGACAACGUCAUCGCAGCCGGGAAUGAAGACGACGACACCGAAGAAAGCUUGCAAGCGAAGUCAGACCUUGCAUAUCAGGUUCAGAGACAGAUUCAACGUACUUGGACGGGCGAGGAGAAGUUGUUCAAUCGAGGACAGUUGAAGUUCUUUAUGUUUGAUGCUUUCAAAGAGUCGAGACGUCUGCGAAGAAUGGAUGAGGAUGUUAGAAGGUGGUUGAUGCUUGUCUGA